AAUCUGUCAAAAUAAUUCAUCGUCGUCCAAUCCAACCAAACUGUUGCAAUAUGUUUCGAAGUUUUUAGUUAUUUUACAAGUUAACGUUUAAUGUGAUUAAUUAAAAGAAUUCAAGAGGUAAUGCUUAUGUCAAAAUGUCGGAAGAAGAUAAUCAGGAUAUUGAACAGGAGCUCGAUGAACUGUUGACGAAAGUACAGCCGAAUUUACAAGAUGUUAUCAAAAGGAGUUUUACCAACGUGGUCUUGCAACAGACUAAAAAUGGUGAACAGGUAAAGCCUGACUCUCUGGAAGACACUUCUUACUUCGCCAAAAAUACUCAGGUUAAUCUCACCCGCUUAGAACUUGUGAAGGCUCCAACCUUCCACAUGCAAGGUCUGUCUCUAGACCUGAAGUCGAUGGGGUUGUCAUUCCGGUGCUCCCUGGGCGAGGUCAACGUGCGAGGGCUGUACAGCGCAUUUAAUGAAAACUUGUACAACUUGAUACCUGUCAUGUCAGAAGGGCACGUCCUAAUAUCCUUAUCGAACAUGACUGCAGAUGUGAAUGUUGGGCUGGUGCUGGAAGACGACGCCUUCUCGUUUGUGAACCCUGGUAUAGACUUCAUGCAUGAUGAGGUUCUGGUCAAGCUGUCGUGGCCUUCGCCACAAAAGAGCGGGGGCUAUGACUUCGCUACGACAGAACAAUUAGCAAAACAUAUUGACGACUUACCGCUCACGGCGGCGAUAUCGUUGCCGCUAUACGCGCUUCUCCGGGACAAACUGCAAAGGCACCUCGCGGUGGUGCUGAGACAGGCCACCAGCGUCUCUGAGGUCGUCUGCUGCAACCCCAGCCUUCUGGAAGCUUACAGCGACAUGGCGGCGUGCCUGGCCGAGAGCGGCAACAAGGUGGUGGACAUGGUGCUGAUCAACAUGCGGCGCACGCUGCUGCAGAGCUGUCACGAGGUGCUCGAGCUGCCGCCUCUGCACGCCACCUUCAUGCACAAAAUUGGGUCGAUAUCGUUUAUAGGCAAGUUCGAGACCGACACGGGCUGGGUCAAGAACCUAGCCACCAUCAACCGCGUGAGUGACGUCAGCGUCAGCCGCCCCGACCCCGUCAAGACUUGCUUCCACUUCACGCUAAGGAUAAAGGACUUACAGAUCGGCUACGACGACUACCGGAUAAAGGCAAUGGGCGUGUCGUGUAGCGGGCGGCUCGCGGCUGCCUUCGCUCACAGCUCCUUGCACGUGGCUCUGACGGUCGGGCUCGCGCGUUGGGAGCCCUACGCGCAAUUAGAUGACUUACGCGUGCAGCACAUGGAGUGA